UGACGGCGGCGUUGCUAUGGUGACGGCGGGAGAGGCGGCGUGGCUGGCGCUGGUGGCCGCGCUGUGGGGCAGCACCGGGCCCUUCCUGCGGGCGGGCGCGGCGGGGCUGGAGGGCGUUCGGCACCGGAGCCGCCUGCGGCAGCUGCUGGGGGAGAUCCGCUUCCUGGGCCUCAGCUACAAGUACAUGGUGCCAUUUCUGCUCAAUCAAGGUGGAUCCCUCCUCUUCUACCUCACCUUGGCCUCCACAGACCUGUCCCUGGCUGUGCCUCUCUGCAACUCCCUGGCUUUGAUCAUCACCCUGGUGACUGGCAGGAUUCUGGGGGAGGACAUUGGUGGUAAAAGGGCAGUGGCAGGAAUGCUGCUCACCCUCCUGGGAGUCACGCUCUGUCUGGCUGCUUCCUGAAUGAGACGUGCUGAGCAACAAAGAGGAAGAGAACCUGUCCAAAGGUAACCCCUGUGGCUGAUGGGGGGGGGGGAUUCAGCCUCCACAGCAAACUGUUUGCCUCAGGUGGGCUGAGGAAGCUGAAUUCUGACACAUGGAUGUCAAAACCCCAUGGAAACCUGGACAGGAUUCCCAGAGCUGCGGGGUGGAACGAGGCGCGUUGCCGGGACAGCCCCUUCCAUGUCUUCAGUGAAGGGAUUUUUCAUCUCUGGGUGUUUCAAGGCAAGGAUGGAUUGUCUUGCUCAGCACUGGAGGGAUAAUAAAAGGGUAAAAAAUUGUUCAA